AUGUCCUCCAUACCUCCAAACAAUCCGAUUACGAAUAGUAACUUAAAGAGAAGGAAUGUCUGGGUUGGUCUAGGAAUCGUUGGCUUCAUUGCAUUGGCCUUUGCAUACCCAAUCUACUUUGUACAAUCCAAACAAAAGCAGAAGAAGAACCCAGACGGUACACUUAUAAUGGGUAGGAACGCAUCCAUCAGAGGUACAUUCCUCAACUCUGGUUCAAGAGAUAUUGGAAGCAGUAAACAGCCUGUCUCUUCAAACAAAGACAACAACAAUAGCGAAUAA